AUGUCUCCACAUUCUGUCAAACUUCGCUUCAGUCGCUGGUGGAUUCUUGCCGCCAGAUUCCGAUAUUGUACAAAUUUGCUGACCUGGGAAAGCUCUUUGGAAACCCUCGACGUAUUUGGUUGCCCUCUUGCUGUACAGAUAUGUCGAAAUUCACGAGGGAUCAACCGUCACAAAGGUUUACCUCUCUUCGAACAGUUGACGGGACUUUGCAGUAGUUUACCAACAACACUUGCUGUGUAUAUAGCACUUAAUCAAAAGAAGGGGAAAUAGUAACAUGUAUUCAAUCUGUUCAUGGUCAUGUAUGAGAUGAAUAAAGAAGUUGGAGCAAGGUAAAAGAAGAUUAGCUAAACCAGUGAAUUAUGUUGGAGUUGCAACUGUAGAGUAUUUGUACAGUAUGGAAAUUGGGGAUUAUUACUUUUUGGAGCUCAAUCCAUGUUUACAGGUUGACCAUCCUGUUACCGAGUGGAUAGCAGAAAUUUAUCUACGUGUUGCACAAGUUGCAGUUGCUUGAAUUCAACACAGUUAUAUUUGGUUGUUUUUUGUGAGUAGGUUUCCAACUAUUUCUUUCCAUUUUGUAGUAAAUCAAAUUAUAAAUCUAAAGAGGUAAAUAUGUCAUGGUUUUCCUUGACAAGAAAUGGAAUGGACCGUUCAUAUUUUGUUUUUCCUUUCGAAACCGGUCGAAGGAAUUGGAUCACUAAUUAUGUUAGAUGGUUAAAUUACCCUUUAUUGAUUUUUUUUUCUCUGACUUCUGCAGGGUUUAGAACAUGAAGUAUAUUUACCAUAGUUGUUUGAUAUGUAAGAAAAGUAAUGACACUACAAUUUGUUAAAGCACAGUCUUUUGGAUAGCAUUGGUAACAUUGAUUAUAUGUACAAAAAAAAAAGUAAAUUGCUAUUUAUAAUACAC